CAGCUCUUCAAUUCAUUUUUUCCUUUUCAUCUCUAACCUUAAUUUAGAAAACGUGCUUUUUCUUCCAUCUUUUAUCUCUUCAUGCUGUUAAUUUUAAUUUUUGAUUUUUUCUUCAGGUUUUGAGGUGUUUUAAUUCAAUUCAAUUAGAUGUUUUUUAAUUUUAUUUUUCUUCCGGUUUUUUGUUGUUAAUUCAAUUUUGUGCAUCAGGGUUUUUUCACUUUCUUAGCAGAAUAUGAAACUGAAGGAAGGAACAGAUGUCUGGAGUUGCAAAGGAGGAAGAGUCGGGUUGGGGUGCUUCGUUUUUUAUGCAGACAACGGAAGAUGUGGCUAAAGCUGUUUCUGCUGCUAUGAAUACUCCACGGCCUUCUGUUAUUUAUUCGUCGAAAAAUGAACAGGGUGGUAGUCAACUUCAAAGGCUGCAGUAUCAAGUUACGAAGAUGAUAAAAGGCUUUUCUCGCCCUCCUGAAGUUAAAUAUGCGAAUUAUAAUCCGGAAAUCUUGACGAGUCAGAAGAGGCAAUGGGCUGCCAACUUUCAUUUGCAGUACAAUGAUCAUAAGUCUUGGAAGGAGCCAACGAAGUUGUUUGAAAGUAUGGUGGUUGUUGGACUUCAUCCUAAUUCUGACAUUCAGGCGCUGCAAAGGCAAUAUUUGGUGAGGAGGUCUGAAGGCUCUGGUAAAUUGAGAAGUGCACUUGGUUAUCAAAAUCAAUCCCGUGUGGAGCCUAAUGUUGAACCUCAGGUCUUAUUUGUUUAUCCUCCAGAAAAGCAGCUACCUCUUAAAGAAAAAGAUCUUCUUUCUUUCUGUUUCCCUGGAGGUCUCGAGGUUAAUGCUGUUGAGAAAACCCCUUCCAUGAGUGAAUUAAACGAAAUUCAUUUCGGGCAGGAACAUUUUAAACAAAGGGAUCUGUCAUUUGUGUUUAGGUUACAGGGUGCUGAUAAUUCAACACUUUAUGGGUGUUGUGUCUUAGUUGAAGAGCUAGUGCAUAAACCCUCUGGAUUGCUUUCUAUGGUUCCGGACAAGCAGGCGGCAUCCAACUCUUCCUUGAGACGCCAUAUAUUAACCACACAAAGAUGUUACUGCAUUCUCUCAAGGCUCCCAUUUUUUGAGUUGCAUUUUGGUGUAUUGAACAGCAUCUUCAUGCAAGAAAGGCUGGAGCGCUUGACAAGAAGCGUUGAGUAUUUUAAUGAGUUUCCCGAAGGUAGUUAUGAGGGAGAAAACUUGGAAGGAAAUUCAGAGCGUCUUGUGGUGAAUGAUAGGCUUACCGAAGACAAACUUGAUGAGAAUCCAAGAAUUUCUCAAUCAAACCUAAAUAAUUCCCAACCCAAAAACUUCGAGGAUGAUAGUAAUCAUCAAGAGAAACAAAUGGUAAAUGAGGAGAUGCAUACACUUGAGGAGGGAGCAGAUGAUGAUAAUAUUGUACCUAUUCAUCCUGAAACUGAUGGAGAAAUUGUCAAAGAAAUGUCUGGCCUUACAAUUGCUGAAGAUAGUAAUACGUAUGGCAAUGCCUUGGCAACAAACAAACAGUCAGAAGAUAGGCGUUUACCAAAUGCUAUUUUGCCCCUCCUUCGGUAUAGCCAGUAUGAAAGCUCCGAAUCUUCCUGCAGUUUUCAAGGUUCACCUUGUGAAGAUAGAAAUUUUAGGAGUGAUGCUGAUGAUACUGAGACAGAAGAUGCUUCAGUCUCGGGACAAGAAGAUUUAAAUGACCUACAUGAAAUUCUUGAGUGGGCCAAGGCUAAUAAUUGUGGACCCUUACAAAUUAUAAGUGAGUAUUAUCGUUUUAGUUGUCCUACAAGGGGAUCGACACUUAUCUUUCAUCCUUUGGAGCACCUUCAUUCCUUGGAAUAUCACAGGCCUGAUGAGAACGCUCUUUAUCUGUCUGGUUCACUUAUUGGUUUGAAAUCCUGUAGUACGGGUCUGGGAUUAGCCGAGGCACAAAAUUGUCUUCUGGUUGCAGAGGAGGCAACUGCAUUAUCUAUAUGGGCUGUAGCGUGCUUAUGUGGUACCUUGAGACUUGAACAUGUGUUAACAUUCUUUGCUGGAGCUCUAUUGGAGAAGCAGAUUGUAGUUGUCUGUUCUAAUUUGGGAAUCCUAUCUGCGUCGAUUCUAUCAGUUAUUCCAUUAAUUCGACCCUAUCAAUGGCAAAGCCUGCUAAUGCCGGUUUUACCAAAUGACAUGCUUGAUUUUCUGGACGCUCCUGUCCCUUACAUAGUUGGUGUUAGGCACAAGACAAAUGAAGUUCAGUCAAAGUUAACCAAUGUUAUUCUGGUUGAUGCCAACAGAAACCAGGUGAAGUCACCGUCACUACCUCAACUGCCAAGACAGAAAGAGCUAAUGUCUUCUUUACGUCCUUAUCAUGCGACUCUUGUAGGAGAAAGUUACUUGGGUAGGAGAAGGCCGGUGUAUGAAUGUACGGAAAUGCAGGUAGAAGCUGCCAAGGGAUUCUUAUCCGUGUUAAGAUCUUAUUUGGAUUCCCUUUGCUAUAACAUCCGUUCACAUACAAUAACCAAUGUACAAUCGAAUGAUGAUAAGGUAUCCUUGCUUUUGAGGGAAAGUUUCAUUGACUCAUUCCCUUAUCGCGAGCAGUCUUUCAUGAAGCUUUUCGUGGAUACACAACUCUUCUCUGUACACACAGAUCUUGUGCUCUCUUUCUUCCAAAAGGAAUAGGAAUGAAUUACAAAUCAUUUUUAGAAUAUUACUUCCUUUGUUAAGGAUUGCACACAAGUUCAGUGCUGGAUAAUUUCUCUAAAUUACGAGGUAAAAUUUUGUCCCCAUACAUGCAGUGAUAAGUUCUGUUCUCUUUUCUCCCCUAGGCUUUUAGUACAACAUGUACAUAGUUAAGUGAGAAUUCAAUCUUCAUUAGGAUUAUAGGUGCUUUCAUUUAAUGUAAAUGACAUUUUUUUAUACCGAUGUAAAAUCAGUGCUUUAUAGGCUAUGGCCAAAUGUUGUUGAAUUGUGGCUAUGGUGUUGCAGAGUUUUACUUCGCAAGAAAACGUCUUGGAAAUUUAUCUGAGUUGUGUCUCACAUAAGAGAAAAAACAUUGCAGAGAUCUGUGUGUCUGUCAUAUAGUUGUGUUUAAUGUCUCUUUAUUGGUGAUCAUUGUUGAAGUUUUAACAUAACAAAAUCUGAUGUAUGCUCUAUUGCUGAGUUUUAGUAGGCUGGGUGUGGGAAUAUACAAUUCUCUUCUACCGAGUUCAAAUUAAAAAUUCUAUAAAUAAUAUUAACUAAAAGAUAUAAUUAAGAAAAAUCAUAUUAAAAUAAAAAAAUUCACACAUUUUGAAAUGUUUUAUUAGAAAGGUCAUUCAAUAGAGUAUGCAAUUAUAGUUACUAUAUACAUAUAGUAUGAAAGUUGCAAAUUCAUACAUUUUGAAAUGUUUUAUUUGGUAGGUCAUUCAAUUUAAUUGAAAGAGCAUUGUAUGCAAGUCCACUAUAAUUACAAUCUUUCACUUAGUUCUCUCGACUGUAUAAUACUUUUGAGUUAUGUAAAUGGAACUAAUUCAAAUAAAGCUUAUUUGAGUUUCUUUUGUCACUUUUCAUAAUUCUUUCUUCUUAAAUUUUCGUGCUGUGACACUAUUUUGGAUUCUACUAUCCUAAUUAAAUUCAAAUUCUAUAAUUCAAACCAAUAAA